AUGAAAAGCAUAGAAAUCACAAGACAGUUAAUUAAUGAAAUGAAAUCUUUCCAAGAUCAAGUUACUGAGAUUGAAAAACUAAAAAAUCAUCUGGAGUUAAAGGAGGAAGAAUGCAAGAGACUUACAGGAGAAAAUGGCAAACUUCAUGAAGAUUUGAGAAGCAUGACACUGAAGGUAGUAUCAUAUGAGAAAAUUACAGCAUGCCCUGAUGAAAGGCUUGAGAGUGCCCAGAUACCACAGUAG